AUGCCAACUUUAAAUGAAUUACGAGGAUUACUUAAAAAGUAUACGAAACCAAUUCAUCGUCAAUGGAAAUGGGUUUGGCAGGAGAAAGGUCAACUUAACGAACCAAAAUUAGUUAUACCAAAAGUAUUUGAAGAAAAAAACCUUGAAAUAAUUGAUCCCUUACAUCCACAACUUCCGACUGAAACACCAUGGAUUAGUCCAACCCGUCAUCCAAUGUUUGAAUAUCUAGUUCCCAAACCAAAACGUGAACAACAUCCACUUUAUCACCAUAAUAAAUCCGUAUUUCUAUUUGAUGAGAAAACAAAAUUGCAUGCCGGUGUUGAUCAAGCAUGCAUAUUAACAAAAACAGUUCCAUUUUAUAAUUUACCUGAAUCGUUUAAUCAAAAUAUUAAUAAAAUAACGAUACCAAAUCAAGAUCAACUUGUUCAAUCUUAUAUUCGACAAGCAAUAGCAUAUGAUGCAACUAAAGAAGAACUACCCAAUAAAUAUACACCAUUGAAACAACGUCGUACUUUUAAACGUGAAUGGAGUAUUCCACGACAUCGACAAAUGUCUAUUUUACUUGAGAAUAUGCUUGGCUUAUGCGAAUCAGUCGGUAGCAAAUAUCCAGAAUUAUUUCAACGAAAUCUCUAUCAAAAUACACCAUUCUAUACGACAUAUCAACGAGCUGAUGAAAUAAUACAUAUACGAAAAAAAAAUCAAUUAAUCAUAACAAAUCCUCAACCUCUAAAACCAGUUGUAAAGCGUCUAAUUAAUGAUGAAGGAUGGAAGAGAUUAGCAGAAGGUGAACAAAUUUUAAGUGAUCAAUUAUCAACUCAUGAUCCAGAUUUACAUUAUUUAAUUAAGGCAAAUGACUAUCAGUUUUUAAACAUGUAUCCAAUAUAUCCGACCAUUGAUUUAGAACAAGAACAUUUAUAUCAAGAAGGUUAUGAAUUAGGAUGGAAUCAACGAGUGGAUAAUAAACAAGAAUAUUUACAUACGUUUUAUUACGUAUCAUUUGAUGAAUUAAUUCAUGAAUCAUCCAUUGAUGAACGAUUAGCUCAAAUGGUUAUGUUUUCAUUUGGUAAUGCAUUAGCACAAGCACAACAUAGAUAUCCAGAUGGUGUAUUAACGGAACCAGUUACUGUACAAGGAAUAUUUAUGUUAGAUGAAUUAUUUCAUUUUGUUAUUUAUCAAUUAAAUACAAUGAAUUUUUCUGAUGAUGAGUCACGUGUCAAUUAUGUAUGGAUAGAUAAAAAUAAUUAUUUAUAUGCUGAUCGACCAUCGAUGGUUGUUCAAAAUCCAAGAUAUGGAACAGAACGAAAUCUUCAACGUUAUGUAACAGAACAUUUAAAGUAUAAUCCCGAUGUAUUUCAAAAAUUGUUGACAUUUUAUUUACAAGGUGUCGGAAUUCCUGGAAUUAUUAUCCUAAUUGGUCUACUUGGUUACUUAGCUAAAUUUUUUAUAAAACGUUGUAGAAAAAAGGCAUGGGUUGAAAUAACAUCAAUGCCGAAAUCAAGUAGUAGGAAAACUGGUACCGAACGCGAACCAUUACAACAAACACAUGGUGGUUUGGAAAAUUCAACAGCAUCACCAUCACCACAACCAGAUGGUUCUCCUGCACACAUUGUGAUACCAGUUGAUGAAUCAGAUUUCACACCAGCACAAUUACAACAACAACGUGAACAAGAUCAUACAAUUGUUGAAAUUACGCGAUCACGUUUAAAUCGUAUGAAACAAGAAGACUUUCGUACUCAUCAAAUGAUUAAUCCCAGUCCAACAGAUGGUAUACAAAAAGCAAUAGCUGAAACAAUGUUAGAAUUUGAUGCAUCGGUAUGA